GUUAGUAUACAGUGCAAGAGUUCAACCCUAAUUAAUAGAUGGAGCGUAGUUAAUAAUUAGACAUGACCUUCGUUGUGAGAGGUUGUAUGAGAAAUACUGCUGUCGCUGUAAAGUGUACAAAACGGGCGAUAAAAACUUUCCUUUAAACUCACCUAAGUUGUCUUCUUGUCGUUUCUCAUGAUUUUACAGCGUUAAAAACUUCUUGGCGGGUUACCUUUUGUGAGCAGGUCGGUUUUCCACCGCAGUUAACCCGGCGUUAAGACGCCUUCAACGCUGUAGAAUCGUAAGAAACAACUUAGGUGAGUUAAAGGAAAAUUUCAUUGCCCAUUUCCUACAGUGAACAGCGACAAAAGUAUUUCCAUACAAUCUCUUACAACAAAGUUCAUGUCUAAUUAACUACCUCCAUCUAAUUAGGGUUGAACUCUUGCACUGUAUGCCGAUAUUAUGACGCUCACAUGCUGAGCUUGGGCUACCUGUGAUGAUUGCUGUUAGUGCCACGCAACAGUGACAAACUCCUUUAAAUCUUUUCUCCUUAAGCAUCCUUGUGAUAGCAUGACUGUUUCAAAUACAGUGGAAUCCCGAUUUUUGGAACCUCCAAGGGAAACGAAAAUUGGUUCGCAAAAUCUGAGAGUUUGAGAAAUCGGGGGGUAACCCGAAAACACUGACACCCCGUCCAUGGGCCCCCACUACGGACCUGGUCCGCGGCCCACAUGUACCUACGGACCGGUCCACGGACUACCCCUACGUACCCCCUCUACGGACCACCCCAAAUAUAGAAUAAAAUUUCCCUUACGGACUGUCUAAUAGAUUACUCGUGUCGGUGAAAUUUCGAACGUUACGUUGUGCAAAUUAAAUGUUACAGAUUUGGCGGGUUCAGACUCGGUAGCAAGUUAUAUCCUUAAACACAUUGCCAUUUUCUUUGCUGUGGCUAUGAACUCGUUCCAGGCUUCACAAUUUGCUCAGCGGAAUUACAGAUAAAACAAGCAAACGAUCUAAAAACACAUCUUCCAUAGCCACAAUCAGAUUGAGCCACGGACGGAAGGUAACAACUUUCCUUUUUUUUUUUGCCAUCGCCAUCUCCUUAUGCCGAAAACAGCUUUUAGAUAUUAUUUUGAGGGUUUUAAAAGCCCAAGUCUGUUACAUUUGCACAGCGUAACGCUCGCUAUUUCACCGACACGAGUAAUCUAUUAGACAACCCAUAAGCGAAAUCGUCAUUUACCUUUUUUUAUUCUAUUUUUAGGGUGGUCCGUAGAGGGUGUCCGUAGGGGUAGUCCAUGGACCGGUCCGUAGAUUCCGUGGACCGGGGGUCGGUGUUUUCGGGUUACUCGGUAAAAUUACAGUGUUCGACUGAGGAGGGGAAACGAUUUUGGUUCGAGUUAUCGGGAGGUUCGAAAAUAUGAGGGUUCGAGAAAUCGGGAUAUUCCACUGUAUAAUUUGGUUUUAUCAACUGGGUUGACAAUGUGAAUUGGUUACCGUGAAGAGAUUCGAAAGGUGACAUUUCGAGCGCUAGCCCUUCGUCGGAGCGAAUCCAAAUCCGAUUCGCUCCUAUGAAGGGCUAACGCUCGAAAUCUCUUUACGGUAGCCAAUUCACAUAGUCAUUAUCAACCCAGUUGAUAAAACCAAAUUAUCUUGUUAUUCUCCCCACCGACGCAGCACCACAGUUUCUUUAGAAACUUACCCCCUCUAUUCCACUGUAUCGCAAGUUGGCUUAAAAGGCUUUUGAUUUUCGGCCGGAAUUAAAUGUGCUCCCAUGUCAUUUGCAAACGAUGUGUUCGUUACACACCUACCUUUGUCGUUGACAGGGCCCGCUGAGCACUUUGGCUCGCUCCCACAAAUCCUAGCGCGAAGAAGCGCAUGCAAGAUGGCGAAGUCCAAGGGAAUUGCAGACCACUUGGCAGAAUUUGUGGGGAAUGAAAUUGAUUGCCCCGUUUGUUUGGAAGUAUUUGAUGAGCCCAAGUGCCUUCCCAAUUGUGCCCACAAUGUUUGCGUUAAGUGUCUUAAAAACCUAGCGAAAAGAAAUCGUAAUGAGCGAAUAAUCCAGUGCCCAGAGUGUCGAGUCAAGUCGACCAUUCCACCGUCUGGAGUGACUGGUUUUCCUACCAACCACUUACUAAAACGGCUUAUAGAGAAUUCACCCGAGAGAAAAGAAAGACGUGCUUUCAGUGAAGCCCUUAAACAGUACAGAGAAGAGAUAAAUGUCAUGAGGGAACAGUUCGAGGAGCUCUCAAGGUUGCGCAGCGAUGUGAUCGAAGGUAGCAAAAGGAGAAUGAAAGAUCAGAUAAGAGCGGAAGCUAAGCGUCUAACCAAGAUGAUCGAGGAGGAACAGAAAAGACUGUUGUCCCACGUGGAUGAAGCCUUUGGUGGGAAGGCUACCAAAACUCAGUUUGAAAAGAAGUAUGAUGAAGUCAAACAGCUCUACGCCAAGGUUUCAACUUCUCUGGAGACUGCAGACAAAAUUACAGAUGAACAUGACUGGAAGACAUUCCAGAAGUCAAAAGGCAUCUUUGAAGAACAUUUUCAAGGUAAUUUUAAGACUCUAGGAGCCACAGUUGCUAACUUGCGCAGUCUUCAGUGUACAACUGGUGUCAAGUUUAACCCUGGGAAUCUGCCCAAAUCAGGCAAAAUCCUUGGUGAAAUUUCUUGUGAUGAAACUCAACCAGAUAACUCCAUGUCAAAUGGACGUGUCAUUCGUCAUAUUAACAUAGACUUUGUUCCAACAACACUGACAGUUUCACCAUUGACUGGUGAAAUUGCUGUUCUUGAUGCAGAAAGUAGGCGUGUUCAUGUUUUUACUUCUACUGGAGAUCAUCAUAAGCAGUUUCAUAUCAAAUAUGGUAACCUCAAGGAAAUCGGAUAUACUAACAACAGUGAUAUUGUGGUCCUGAAUCAGGAGAAGAAUCGCCUUCUGCACUUUGACAAGGAUGGGGCUUUCAUUCAUAAGUUUGUCCAGGCCCCAAAUGCAUCUGUAAGGUUUCAGAAGAUGGCAGUGGGUGGGGACGGCCGUUAUGUUCUUACAUCCAGCAGUGACACAUCUGGGCCUGGUGUUGUAGUGUAUGAUGCUGAAAGACGCCACAAGUUGGCAUUCACAUCUGAUCUUUUCAAGGGAAAUAACGUGGCUGCAGUACAUCACAAGGAUAAGUUCUAUGUUGUCGACUGCACAAGCACAAUCAAGAUCUUUGAUAACAAGGGGAAGUUCCUUCAGGAAACAAAAAGCUUGGGUGGUAAGACAAUCAAGCUUCUGUCACUGGCAGUGGAUUCCCUGCAUGAAAACUUGGUGUGUGCUUCUGACAACAAUACCAUUCUGGUUGUUAAAACAGAUGGGAGUGUGGUUACUACUUUUCCUAUGGGAGGACGUUUGAAUGCCAUUGCAGUGUCCAAGGGUUGUAACAGCUUGGUGGCUUGUUUCCACGAGAAGAAGUUCUUCCAAAUUUUGUCUCACAAAGAGUGAUCAGUGAUUGCUGCAGAAGAUACAGUGUAGUAAAAGAUCUAUUUUUGUUAUAGAAAUGACAGUUCUUGUUAUAUUUCAGAAAUUGAGAUCUUUAGGAAAUGCAUAGUUUUGACAUAUAGUAGCUAUUCACUGAUGUAAAGAACAUCAGAGACACACUGCUAAAUAAUUUAGACUUUGAUGAGAGAUUUAGCCAGAACCAGAGUGCAUUUUAUUAUUUUGUGGAAUGUGAAUUGAAUUACUCUUGAUUAUUUUUCUCUUGAAAUUUUACUGUAAGCACACCGUUUUGUUCCUUUGGGCAGCACUUAUGUAGGUUUAGUUGUAAUGUCUACAGACUAGGUUAUGCGUUUCGUUGAAAAGCUGUAUGGUAGUACAAUACAGUACAUGUAUAUAUAGUGAUCAGUUUGGUCAUACAGAGUAAUUUACCAGUAAGACCUCUCCAUGUUAAUAUUGAUUUGAACUUGGAUAUCUGGUACAUGUACAUGAAAAGUUUGAGAUUUACCGUAAAACUUCGAAUUAGCGCCCGGGGAGCUUAUUUCAAAUUUAGGAUAAGACGGGGGGUGCUUAUUCAAGGGGGGCAUUUAUUCGAGGGUUAUAUUAGAGGGUUAUUAUUCAAGGGCACUUAUUCGGGGCUAGAGUUAUUUCUUCUUUUUUCCUGCCCCCUUCUUGGCUGGCUUACUUAAUUUUUCCCAAAUCGUAGCCUGACAUGAUCAUUUUUAUAAUACAUCAUCUGCACGUAAGCACCAACAUAAGCUGUUUAUUGACAUAAAAAGCUGAUCCUAUAGUUUAAAUCGCAGCACCGUUAGUAAUGUGUUCACUAAACAUGUUCACAAACUGAAACAAUGUACAAAUCUAAUACUGCAUGACGAAAACUAUACACCCUUUGUUGUCUCAU